AUGCCUUCUAAGCCCAAUUCCCAGCGUGAUAGCGAGUCCGAGGUUAGAUCUUGGGGGUUUCCUCAUGUCUUCACUUGGACCGACGGACCAAACGCGCACUACUCCCCGCAUUCGCAUCGGGGUCUGACGACCCAUCUGAUCCUGCGUGGGAACCUUACCAUCACUUAUCCCAAGGACAAGAACCCCGACAAGGUUACUUAUGGCGUCGGCGAUCGUAUCGACGUGGACGCCGGCCGCGUGCAUGAAGUAUGGAUUGGCGAUGAGGGUUGUACCUAUGUCAUUGGAGAAUGA